AUGCGACUUGAUUCAGCAUCAGAUCGAUUUGAGAAUAUUUACGAGAGCCCGGCUCUUUGGCAUGUAAAACAAUCAUUCUUAGGGGUAUGUGCGGAAAUCUGACCAUCUUCACAUAUACCAUUAAAGUGCAUAUGACAUGAAAUUUCUUGGGUUUUUUUAAUGAAAGAACUCUUUAAGCUGUAGUGUAACUUAUUUUUCAGUUUCUUGUUUUUAUGGUUUGUUCCCGAGAUAUUUCAAUUUGUUCAAUAUGUAAAUGAGUGUGAAUAUGUCCGCUAAUUUAUGACGUCACUUUGGUUGCAAGCUCAUCAAAAUGGUUGAAUAUCACUGCUAUCACCAAGAUAAUAAUUUCAAACUUCACUCACAGGUAAAUGUGAUGAAAUACUGCAGAAAAAUGUGAACUGAUAUCUACAGUUUUUAGAGUUAACAUAUUUAUAACCAGUGUAAAUUGAACUUGCAACCAAAGUGACGUCAUAAAUUAGUGGACAUAUUCACACUCGUGAUAGAUGAACCAGGCAGAAAUCGUAAUCUUAAGAUAAAUAUUAAUGCCAGCAGAAAAUACGUAAAAGAGCCAUAAAAAUAUAGUUUAAAAAAUUUUAUUAAAAAGCUAACGUUUCUUCUUUAACUUAAGACAUCUUCACACGCCUGGCAUUUUUGCACGCGAAAUUGCGAAUUAAACUGUGUCAAUUUUUUUCGUUACCGCACGACAAAUUUGGGAGCUUGGUAGCGAAUUUGAUAAUUGAAAAAUACCUCAAAUUCAACGAGUGCAUGCUUGUGCGCGUUUUGUUUGAGGGUUAUUUAAGGUAAACAGGGAAACAGAGCGUGUCUAGGGGAUCAAAAUGAUAUCUAGAUUACCAUGGUUACUGGGAAUGUUUUGCUACAGGAGGGCUUGCUGUUCGGGGCAUUUGAGAGAAAUGGCGCCUUUCGAACAAAGUUGUCAAAAUUCAACAACUUCGGCUUGUAUAGGAUUCUUUCUAAAGUGUUAUUUUCAUUUUAUUUUUGAAUCCUAUACAAGUCAAGAUACGUAUUAAAAUUCGUAUGUUUUUUGUUUUUGACAAAAUGUGCUAAAAACGUUUAAAAAUGUCAAACAUUUGUCUGGCGUUAGACAGAGUAAAGUACUCUGGCGUUAGACACUCUGGCAUUAGACAAAUACUAAAGUAAGAUGCAUCAAGGUGUAUUGCCACUUAAAGGGUUAAAAUCCAUCUUAAAUUCUGGGGAUGGUUGUCUUCAUGAUCCAAACAAUUUUUAUAAUAUAUGUAGGUAAAGAAGUUAGUGAAUGAAGCAGAGGAGUUAGAUAGCAUCAGGGAAGAAUUGAUAGAGGAUAGUAGGCAGGAAGCAGAAUUUAAGAUUAGCAAGAAAGCAGUAGACAGGCGGAGAAGUAAGCCAACAGGGGAAGGAAGUUGUGUGGAGUCGACAGGUAGAAAGCGCAGAAGGGAGACGAUGGCAGUGGUUAGUGCUAUACAUGGAGGAAGCAAAGAAAACUUGAAGCCAGGGGCGAUUGGAAUGUUGGAGACAUUAAAUAAGAAAUGCAAGGAAGAUGAUAUUGUAGAUGGAAUGAGAAGCUGUAAAAAGUUUGCAGAGAAAGUGUUCCCAAGAUUAUACAAAGAAGAUUUAAAGAAGUUUGAAAGUUCAACUGACAAUAUGUUGAGAUCUAUUGCUGUAUAUUAUAGUAAGGGUAUAAGGGGUAAAGAUAAGUAUAGGAAAAUAUAUAAAGCUAGUUCGUAUAAGCAGGGACCAGGCAAGCGGGCUGCGCGUAUUAAGGUUGCCAACUGCCCCUCUCCUCGGCUGGUUCCCUACCACAGGCUAAUGGCAUAUAUAAAAUCCAUUGAUAUUGGUCAGUUGCACAGUGUCUGUGAGAAUUUUUGUGAAGGGUUGGAUGAAUGUGAUAAGAUUAAUGGCUGUUAUAGGGACAUUGAAGAUCUUCUAAUGAAGUUGGCUGGAUUUUAUCUAAAUCAUGGUAAGUAUGAUAUCCUAAUAUUUGACCAGCCUAAUACUUUUCAUGUUGCUUUGGGUGGAGAUGGUGCCCCUUUUGGAAGGGAUGACUCGGCGUGUUCAUGGCUUGUUAGUUUUCUCAACAUCGGCCAUGGUGUGUUGAGUAGCAACGAGAAUUUUCUUCUUUUUGGAGCUAAUUGUGCGGAGAACUGUUUGCCUGUUAAGCGUUUCUUGGGUAAGUUGAUCACUGACAUUGAACGAAUUCAGCGCUCCUCAUACUCUAUUGUAGUUAAGGGAGAAAGCAUUGAUGUUAAAUUUGUGUUUGCAGAACUGCCAAAUGAUAUGAAAAUGCUUGCUUUCUUAGCUGGGGAGCUGACUAACAGUGCAACAUACUUUUCCACUUUUGCAGAUGUAAACCAGGAGUCUCUGACUAAACUUGGAACAUUUGGCCACAAUGCAUCAGAUACUUGGAAGCCGUGGAAGUUCUGUGAUAGGAUGAAAGUGGUCAAAGAAGUCGAAAAAUUUAAAAAGAAGAUAGCCACCAAAAAUGUUUCAGCCAAAACUAAAAGAUCAAAUGUUACAACAUUCAUUGCCAAGCAGAAAAGCCGACAAGAAUUUGUACCUUUGGUCUCAGAAUUGAUUGACAGAGCACAUGUUGAACCGCUUCAUUUAAAAAAUAACGCAUGUGCUUUAGCACAUCGUUAUAUUUUAAAUCAAGCGAUUGAAAUGUCGAAACCUAAUUUACCAACUUCUUUUUCUCAGGUUCCACCAAAAACUCCACUUUUCAAGUUCAUCGAUGCUUUAAGAUCUAAGUGCAGUUUGAAUAGACUGGCGAAGAGGAUCAUCAGGUGGUAUGACGAGAAUGCUGUGACUGACGCCAGUACGUUCACCUAUCGAUUUACAGGUAAGGAUUCACGAAUGUUUUUACAUAAUUUUAUGUUUCUCAUCGAUGUACUUGAAAAUGGUGUUUCCGGUAAGGCUAGUGAAUUGCUCCACGUUCAUGCUUAUCUUUGUCUUUGCUUGCGAAAUGCCGUUUCUUUGUUCAGUCGUGUGAACAUUACAGACGAGCAAGUACGAGAAUUAAAGCAACACUGUACUAACUUUUAUCGUGGUUACUGGUUGUUCUUCAAGGUUAAUCCUAUUGUCUGGACCCUGGGUUGUGUUGUUCCAGCUCACACCCAGGAAAUGAAGCAAUGUUAUGGUUUGGGCCUAGGUUUGAAUUCCAUGGAGGGUAGGGAGGCCAAGCAUAUCGCAAUAUCAAAGUAUUGUUUAAAUACGGUAUAUGCACACCGAUGGGAACAGGUUUUCCAUCAUAAUAUAUUUCCCUGAUUUGGCUGCGGGCCCAUGGUUAUACUAACGUCAGUGUUAAUAAUUCUACAGGAAAUACUCUCUCAUAUUCUCCAAAACGCGUCAGCAGUAAAGACCCCAACUAUUGUGUUUGUGGCUUGCAAAAGCUAGCAUCUGUGGACUUGUGUAGAUUUUGUGACCAUGAACUGAGGAAAAAGAUCGAGAACAGCAUCGAAAAAG